UUUAUUUACGUUUUUUUCAUUUUUAUUUUUUUGAAAAAAAUUUCGAAACUAAGAAUAAGAAAUGAGAAUGCUGUUAAAGGAUUAUGUUAUUAAUUUCUAGUGAAACUUGAUACAUAUUUGUGGUCGUUUCUGUUGACUCUUCAUCAGGGAAAGAUCCAUAUUACCUGAAAGGAAAGUCACACUACCUUUGCCAUGAAUUUCCGAAGUCAAGACAAGAAAAAAAUCAGUACCAUUCGCAGACAAGGAAAACUAUGUUCUAAUUGCUUUCAGUCAUCUGUGUACUCGUUUUGCAUUCAUUGCGAUCCCAAUUCAAUCAAAUGCAGCGCCUGCUCUACAGAAUUUGACAGUAUCGAAAAUUUUAUUCAUCACAUAGAUGAAAUUCACUCAGAUUUGGCUCAUAAAAAAUAUCAAAAAAAUAUUGACAACAAACAAACAAGUUUACGUUUAUGUAUGACGAUUAAAAAAAAGAAAAAAUUGCUAUUCAUCUGUUCGACAUGCAAAUCUUUGUUUUCAACCGUUAAAGAAUUGAAGAUACACGUCGCCAGGGUACAUUUAAAGAAGACCUUUCAAUGCGCUCAUUGCGAGAGAAAAUUUGUCAACAAAAUAACUUUGAGAAAACACGUUUUAGAUCAUCUUAUCGAACCUUCGUUCACAUGUAACAUAUGUAAUUCAAAUUUUAAAACUUUUUAUACGCUGAAAAAUCACAUUCUUAGUCAUGUAGGUAACAAUAAUUACAAGUGUUCCUUAUGUGACAAAAAGUUCAACCAUGUGCAUAGUUUAAUAAGACAUGUUAAACAGCACUCAGCUACGAAAUGCUUUUCUUGCGCAGAAUGUGGUAAAUCAUUUUCGUUCAAUUUUUCUCUAACGAGACAUCUAAACACUCAUUUUCAAAAACAACUGUAUUCCUGCGAUCUCUGUGGUAAGAAGUAUAAAUGGAAAACUGAUUUGACUAAGCAUAUCGCAAGUCAUCAUUCUGAAAAUCAAUUUCGGUGUAAAAUUUGUGAUAAAACAUUUUCCGUACGAUCGUGUUUUACUCAGCACCAGCUUAAGCAUAAUGCUGCGAAACUGUACCAUUGUUAUUGUGGAAAAUCGUUUAAAUAUCAAUCUUGUUUGUCUCGACAUAAAGCGUUCCACAGGAAGCAGCUGAAGCAAGCUCAGACUAAUUAGAUUAUUAAAUUUUUUUUUCAAUUCGUCGUGAUUUUUUUUUUGGUGUUAUGUAGUAUUAUUCUGUGAUUUCCUUUUAAGUUAAUUUUUGUAUUUUUUUUGUAAUUUUAUUUUUCAUGACGCAGAUUUUUGACGAUUUUAUUUAAUGUUGUAUCUAACACUGAUACGAAUCUACUUAUUGAUUUUGUAAAACUUCACAAUUUUUUAAUUUUAUUAUUGUAGUAGGUACCUACAUUUUAUGUAUUUAUUCUCACAAUUUGAAGUUUUUAUCAUUUUAUUUCUAUGUUUAAAAAAAUGUUGACAAUAAAAACUUAUCUGACGUAUCCAGUUCAGAUAUUAUUUUACAAUGUAAACAUACCUUUUAUACUUUUUUCAACCACAAACAUAAUAUGAAUCGACUUGAGAAAAAUUUCGAUAAAUACCUAGUUAGGUGAUGUGGUCAAUUUUUUUUAUUCAUGUACAGCUCAAUAAAAAUUAAAGCGGGUGUUUUUCUCAAGAUAUGAAAAUAAGUAUAACUCCUUGAGCGUUUGCUAAUAAUAAAAUUCAAGAGAUCACGCCAAGUUUUUUACGCUCCGAGAAAUUUAUUAAAGAAUUAUUUCACCAUGUAAGUAAUUGAUUGUUUUUUAACCAAGUAGUUAUAGCUGAUUUAUUAAACUGUCGCAGGUAAUUUUUACAUGAUUUAUCGUAGUUUUAUUUUGUACAUGUAAACUGGUUUAAGUGAAAAUCGUUUCAAGGAGUUACGUU